AUGGAAGCUGCUAAGCGACGAGGCCUAUUACGUGAUGAUACUGAAUACAAAAGAUGCAUGGCUGAAGCAGUUAUGUUCCAGAUGCCACAACAGCUAAGAACACUUUUCUGUGUGAUACAUCUACACUGUAAUCCAACAAAACCGAUAGAUCUCUGGAAUUUAUUUAAAGCACAUAUGGCCAAGGACUUCAUGCAACAUGUCAAUGCUCACACAGCAGAAGCAAUGGCAUUUUACGCAAUCGAAGAAAAACUGCAAGAGCAAGGCCGAAGUUGCAGUGAUUUAGGUAUACCAUCACCAACAUCUGUUCCUUAUUCAUUUGAACCAAAAAUUAUCAACAAGGAAGAAGAACUUCGAAUACGACAAGAAAUGUAUACAAUGUUGAAUCAAGAUCAACGUUCAGCAGCAGAUGAUAUUCUUGCAACUCAUCGUAAAGAAUCAACCACUAUUGGCUCAUGUUUCUUCAUAGAUGGGCCUGGAGGUACAGGAAAAACCUACCUUUAUAACACCCUGUACCGUUUAUUCAUGGGAGAAGGUGUCCAUGUUAUGACAGUUGCAUGGACAGGGAUUGCUGCAAGUUUACUACCUGAAGGAAGAACUGUACACAGUCGCUUCAAACUUCCUGUGCCUAUCUUAGAAACAUCUACAUCCAUUAUUCGACCAAACAGCAAAGAAGCUGAAGAAAUUAGAAAGACAGAAGUUAUCAUUUGGGACGAAGCACCAAUGGCUCCAUCGUAUGCUCUCAAUGCAGUUGAUAUCUUGCUGAGAGAUAUAAUGAACAUCAAUGCACCUUUCGGAGGAAAAAUUAUGAUACUUGGUGGAGAUUUUCGACAAGUUCUUCCAGUCAUUCGAUUCGCUAGUAGAUCAGAAUUAGUGGCAGUAAGUCUCAAAAGUUCUGACCUCUGGCAUUACUUCAAGGUCAUGCAUCUACAUCAAAAUAUGAGAACAGGACCAGGUGAAGAAGAGUUCUCAAAAUGGCUGAUUAAACUUGGCAAUGGUGAAUUAGCAUCAAACGAAUAUGAUGAAAUCGAAUUACCUCGCUCCUGCACGUUUGAUGGUAAUUUGAUCGACGAGAUAUUUGGCCAACACAUUUCUACAGAAGAUAUUUCAACUCUAUGCAACAGAAUAAUUCUGUGUCCAAAAAAUGAGCAUUCCCUCUUGGUAAAUGAAGAAGUUCUUCAACGACUACCCGGAAAUGAAAAAGUGUGCACAAGUGUGGAUGAAGUAGAAUGUGAAGAUGGUGACGACGUAACCAACUAUUCCACAGAAUUUUUGAAUAGCCUCACACCAUCAAGAAUGCCUCCUCAUAUUCUUAAACUAAAGAUCGGAGUAAUUGUUAUGCUUCUGCGCAACCUCGAUGUUAAUCAAGGUCUAUGCAAUGGAAUUCGGCUCAUUGUACGCCGUUUACAAAAUCAUACGAUUGAUUGUGAAGUAGCAACUGGAUCCAACAAAGGAAACCGUGUUCUAAUACCAAGAAUUACUUUGGCACCAUCUGAUCCAUUUUUACCCUUUAAAUUACGUAGACAUUAG